CGAAGUUUGAAAGAACCAGUGCCACGACUACUUUUCAAGAAAAUGAUUAAUUUGCCCGCCAUUGGAAAAGCCUCUUAAAAACCCUAUUGUUCCCAUCCGCUCUUAUCGUCUUAUUACAAUAUUAAGUCUCUUAAAAAAACCCGUUCCCUCUCUCUUCCUCAUUUAAAUUUCCUUCAGUCUUUGUCCAACCAACAAAAUCAAUUCAGUUCAACUCAGCUAGCUCUUCCUCCUCCGUUCGGUUCCCCAGACACAGUAAGAAAAAUCCCUAGAACUUUCUCUGUGUUUCUUGAAACAAAGUUUGAAUCCAACACAAUCCACUCUGGAUUCCUGAUUCUAGGGUUUUCGUUUCAGCAUCGACAUGUCCUGUGAGGACGAAGUUGUUAUGCGCGAUGUCGCCAAUGCGGGGCUUGUUGUCAGCGAUCGCAUUGGCGGUGAAGCUGCUGCUCAGCUCGACGUUGAAGAUGCCCUAGAAGCGUCUAGAUACGCUAGCCACCCCUAUUCUACUCACCCUAGAGAGUGGCUGCCUCUGGUUGAGGUGGUGGAUUCAUUGGACUUGCCUACAGCACUUGUUCAAAGAUAUAAUGCAGCUGGUGGAGAAGGAAAUGCUUUAUGUGGAAUAUUUCCGGAGAUACGGAGAGCAUGGGCAUCGGUUGAUAAUUCCUUGUUCCUUUGGCGUUUUGACAAAUGGGAUGGCCAAUGUCCUGAAUACACUAGAAAGGAACAAGUUAUUUGUGCGGUUGGUCUUGCCAAAUCUAGACCCGAAAUUUUUGUUGAAGCUAUCCAAUACCUUAUUAUUUUAGCAAUGCCAGUCGAGUUGAUGCUUAUUGGUGUAUGCCGUUCUGGAGGAGGUGAUGGUACAGAUCCUUAUGCAGAGAUUUCAAUGCAGCCUUUGCCAGAGUAUACAGUACCAUCAGAUGGAGUUACCAUGACUUGUAUAACAUGUACUGAUUAGGGGUGUAUUUUCCCGGCAGGCCGUGAUGGCCACAUCUAUGAGUUGCAUUACACAACUGGCUCAGGUUGGUACAAGCGCUGCCGUAAAGUAUGCCUCACUGUUGGUGUUGGAAAUGUGAUUUCAAGGUUUUUGUUAUGUGGCCAAGCGGAGAAGGUCCACUAAAGAAAGUGGCUGAAGAAAGGAAUAUUUUCAAUCAAUGGGAUACACAUUAUGGAGGUAGACAAUCAACAAGACCAAGAGCCUCGAAUCGAUCAACAAAGGCA